GGCCGCUACAAGUGUCGUGAUGAACUGAGCGCUUAAAUAGGAGUGACCUCCGGGUGGAUCGACAAGUGGGAGAGUGAGUACAGCAAGCUGUCGAGUGAACAUGGCUGAGCCUAUUAGAGUUCUGGUGACCGGCGCUGCUGGGCAGAUUGCCUAUUCUCUGUUGUUCAGCAUUGCCAAGGGAGAUGUCUUCGGCAAAGAUCAGCCCGUCAUCUUGCUCCUCUUGGACAUCACACCCAUGUUGCCCGUUCUCGAAGGAGUUGUCAUGGAGCUUCAGGACUGUGCCCUCCCACUUCUAAGAGAAAUUGUCCCCACUGACCAGGAGCAGGUGGCCUUCCAGGGCCUGGAUGCAGCCAUCUUGGUGGGCUCUAUGCCUAGGAGGGAGGGCAUGGAGAGGAAAGACCUGCUUAAAGCAAAUGUGUCUAUCUUCAAGAGCCAGGGAGCGGCCCUGGAGAAGUACGCCAAGAAAACUGUAAAGGUCCUGGUUGUGGGAAACCCAGCAAACACCAACUGUCUGAUUGCAGCCAAGUCUGCUCCCUCCAUCCCAAAGGAGAACUUUUCCUGCCUCACCCGUUUGGACCACAACAGGGCUCGCUCUCAGGUGGCAAUGCGCUGUGGAGUUCCUGCCACCCAUGUUAAGAAUGUAAUCAUCUGGGGCAACCACUCGUCCACCCAGUACCCAGACGUGCACCACUGCUUGGUCAACAUGUCUGGUAGCGAGCUGGCGUGCUUUGAUGCUGUCAAGGAUGAUGCCUGGCUUAAAGGAGACUUCAUUGCUACAGUGCAGCAGAGAGGAGCUGCCGUCAUAAAGGCCAGGAAGCUGUCCAGUGCCAUGUCUGCUGCCAAGGCCAUCUGUGACCACAUGAGAGACAUCUGGACCGGCACUCCUGAAGGUGAGUUCAUCUCCAUGGGUGUUUACUCACAUGGAAACUGCUAUGGAGUCCCAGACGACCUCAUCUACUCAUUCCCUGUCCAGAUAAAGGACAAGACCUGGAAGAUUGUAGAUGGCCUGGACAUUAACCCCUUUUCCCAGUCGAAGAUGGACGCCACCGCAGCAGAACUGAUAGAGGAGAGAGACAUGGCAGUGGAAUUCCUGGGAGUAUGACUAGAACCUUCAAGGCCACCCAACCAGCACUCAAACUGCCCCAAAACUCCAGACUCACGCCUGUGAGAAAGCACUCCACCAUCCCCUGCAUUACACUGUGUGUGUGUGUGAGAGAGAGAGAGAGAGAGAUUGAGUCAGUGUAUAUAGGUGUAAAGAUGGAUUUAUACUUUUGCGUUGGAAGGCAGAGCAUAGAAAUAAGCUUCUGCACUAAAAUUUGAAGCAGCUAAGAUUCCAAACAGUGACCAUGAUUGGCUAGUUUGGGUUUUCUUUUCCAAAUUUUUCUGAAACGUAUAAGAUUGUUGAGAGUAAAACAAAAAUAAGGCCAGUUAAAGAAAAACUCUGAAAGUGUCCCCUUUACAGUCUCAGUAGAUGUCUUUGUACUGUCAAAGCCAUUUGCACUACAAACCUUUUACUUUCUUCGAUUCGCACUGUCUCUCAAGAAGUGAAAUAAAAUUUUUACCAGGUUAACUUAGACCAUAAUUUACUGCAAACCAUUAUUCUCCUUCUCCAGUAGCCAUAAGGUCUGCUGUAAACUAUAAUGCAUUAGUAUAUCUCCACCUUGUUUUUACAGUAUAUCCUGAAAGUCCACCAACUCUGUAACCAGCUUAUUUGCAAUUAUUUUUCUCUGGGGGUAAGUGAAACAUGGAUGGUUGUUACAUAUAGUCAGUGGUACAUUAAGUUCUCUAACUCUGAAAUAAAUAACUUUAAAAGCUGAAUUUAAAAAAACGA